ACUACAGUGAGCCUUCAUCUGCCUGUACCUGUAGACGGGCUGACAGUGCGCUACUGUAACUGUGAGGGGGAGCUCCAUUCACUGUAGCUUCUGGAUACCGUAGUUGCAGGGUUCUUGACACUGUAUUGGGGGAGUUAAUGGAGUGGUUAUAUUCUCUAAGUGACAGAUAUCCAGUUACGGUCGUAGUAGGUUGUGCUACGGCCUGUUACGUCUUGUAUUACCUGGUGGAAGUUGUUAAGCGUCCCGUCCUGGUGUGCAAGGAUGGCCCCUGGAAGGGGUUCCUCCUGAAGCAGAUGCCCAUCCUGCAGGAAAACUAUUACCCGACGCCCUGGUGCGUGGACGGGCGCCUCCAGAGCAUCAUCGGGUGUGUCAUCCGCGGCCUGAUGCCCGACAUGGCCUACGAGAGGGAACUGUUUGACCUGAAGGAUGGCGGGACCCUAUCCCUCGACUGGCUGCGCAGACCUCCCAAGGACACGAAGGAUCCCCGGCCCAUCCUCAUCUUCCUGCCAGGACUCACGGGGACGUCCCAGAGCGGGUACAUCAAAGGAUUCAUCCAGAGCCUUGGGGAGACAGAGGCCAGCUGCGUCGUCAUGAAUUAUCGUGGGAUGGCUGGCACAGAGUUGAAGACCACCAGGACCUUCUGCAAGGCGAAUAGCGACGACUUCGAGGAAGUGUUGGGUCACAUCAGGUCGCUGUACCCUGGAUCGCCCGUCGUGGCUACUGGCAUAUCACUAGGGGGGAUCUGGAUCACGAACUACCUGGCCACCCGAGGCGAGAGCGCCGCCCAAUUCCUGACGGCCGCCCUUGUCUUUUCGGUGCCCUGGAACCUCUUCACGGCCACCGAGAGCCUCGAGACGCCGGGGCUGAACCUGGCCCUCAACCGCAGGAUCACCAGGUCCCUCUGCGCAGUCUACGACCAGUACAGGUCGCACCUGGGCGGCGAGAAUCUCCCCUGGCGGUACGACAGAGUCAUGAAGAGCGAAUUAAUCCGCGACUUCGACAAUAACUUCACGGCGCUGAACUUCGGCUACAGAGACGUGGACGCCUACUACAGGGCGGCGUCUCUGGACGACCGUUUGCAUGAGGUCAGGGUUCCUCUGCUCUGCCUGAACGCCGAGGACGACUUCUUCCAGCCGCUCAGAGGGAUACCCAUCUCGAGGGCACAGCGCUCCAGCCACGUGGCCCUGGCAGUCACGUCCCGCGGAGGGCACGUGGGCUUCAUGGAGGGCCUCUUCCCCUACAGGAGCUACUACAGCGACCGCGUCUUCGGCCAAUUCGCCCUGGGCGUCCUGUCGAACCUGGACAAAAUACGCGCCUUCGAAAUGGCGGGAGAUGGUGUUGGUACUCUCAGAGGCUGCUGUGAUGGUGUUGGUUACUAGACCUAUAGAGUGUGAGCUCGAUUUUUUUGGGGG